GCUGUAAGUACGUUGGUGGAAGAUGAGCGAAGACGGAGAACAAUUAACCUAUGGCGAGAGAGUGAAGAUCAACGUUGGAGGAGUCAUCUUUGAGACGUCGUUAUCCACUCUUACUAGGAUGAAUGACACUGUCCUGUCUGCUAUGGUUGCUAAUCGAUGGCGGAUGCAAGAAGAGUUGUUUGUUGACAGAGAUCCGACGCAUUUUGCAAAAGUUUUGAAUUACCUUCGUGAUGGAGACAAUUUUUCUCCUCCUAUAGAUGAAGACGCUCGUGAAAGUCUUCGAAGGGAAGCUGAGUUUUAUAAUUUGCCUGGCCUUGCCAAGAUGUGCUUACCCGAAGUUUUCCGGGUUGGCGACAGAGUGCAGUGGAAGGAGAAUGCUGUAGAAUCAUACUGGCAAUCCUUUGUAAGGUAUGCCGGAUAUCGAGAGACAACUAAAUGGCUUGAAUGCUUUGGUUGUGGAAAUGAAGUUGAGCGAUGUGUGGGAGCAAUACAGGAACGAGAAAUGGAAGACGGAGCAGCGAUUAAUUAUGAGAAUUGGAUACCAUUGAAGCAUCAUAUGCCAUUCAUGAAAGGGAAAGUAACGAAGCUCGUUUUCAACACAUGUUGUUGCGUGAAAUGGGACAAUCAGUGGGACACACAUUUACCAAAGUCAGCACUGCGACUGGCAAAUCCGAGACUCUAACUAUUAUGACUUUUUGGCCAUAACUGCUAUGGCAUUUCUACAUGUAUUUGAUGUCCUUCACAAACAACAAAC